CACGUCUCCCCCCGCAUUUCGCCCUUUGUCAACGGUGUUCGCAUUCCGAUAUUAAGAACGGUUCCGUUCGUUUUGUAAAAGGUAUUGUUUGCCCACAAUCCUUUCAACCCAAGCCUUCAUUGUACCCGGGGCGGGCACAAAAAAACGUCAAACUGUCCUUUUGUUGCAACAAACAACGGACCAAAACAACACAUCCACACACACAGCGACAUUGCCCUCCUUUUUAGCAAGCCGUGGUCUCCUCGAUUUUUUGUCUCUCGCAUCACUUUUUUUUUGUAAGAUUGAUAACUAGUGAGCAAAAACGGUUGUAUAUUUUAUUUUUUGGGGCAAGUUGGGCGACUUUUACGACUUUUCAACUUUUUGCAACCGCCGCGAACAACCCACACCCUUUUUGACACGUCUCCCUCUCUCGACAUUCCCUGUCGCUGGUCUGACGCAUCAUGUCUACGCCAUUCCUACCAAUGUCCGCGAACGCGCAGCCGCUUCCCGGUCCAUCACACUCUUACCUGCCGCCUCCACCCAAUGCGCAUCCUAGCCUGCUCCCACUGCAAAACUCUUCCCUUCCCUCCAACGACACGCCUUCUGGUGCACCGAUAACAAUCUCGUCAAAGCUCAAACAAGAAGAACAACGGAUAGACUUGAAAGUUUUGCAUCACUUGAAUCGCGAUGACCACCGCAAAAAGCAAAAGCGAUUCAAAAGAACUGUCAUGGCUGUUCACGCGAUUGUUUCUCACAAGUUGUACAAAAGCAAAGCGUCCAGCUUGGAAGCUUAUUUUAGGGACGCCUGGAAAAUAUCUCGAGCCCAAGUGUAUAGAUUUUUGGAUUGUGCUGUAGUUUUAAAGCAAUUGGAAGGCUUUACAGAACAACCUUGCCGUGAGCGGCUUUGUCGUUCUCUCAAACGCCUAGCCAAAAACCGCACAGAUAUUCAAAAGCUCUGGGAAACAGUAUUAACAAGAGUCAACAACGACCACGAAGCCGUGACCAGCACCAUCAUCAACACUGUGUGGCGCGAACUCUUGGAGCUAGGAACCGUCACAGGAAGGCCAGCCAUGAGCAAUGAGCACAUUGAAGUUGAGGCAGACGUUGGUGCUUUGAGUGACAUUGAGAUGGGAGCCGCUGCGAUGGAUGACGAUUGCGACUCUGACGGCCGUAAUGAUCGAACUGGGAGCCAACCGGGAAGACCUGAUAGUGCACAACAACGCGGAACACUCGGCGACCGAACCCCAGCGACUCCACUCGAUGCCAGACCUAAUCAAUACGCACGACCGUAUCCGGGCGAAAAUGCCGACAUGUCUGGUACAGCAAUGGGAUCGUCGACCAAUGCUCAGAAUUAUAUUUCUGAUUCACAAGGUAUGAGAAGGGACCACGAUUGGCGCAAUCAGGAUGUCUCCUGGCGUUCAAACCGCGAUGUGCCCGCCGACUUGAACUAUCAAGAAUCGCUCAACUCUGACGUUGCUGCGUGCACCUCUCUUCUGGAUUCGGUCGGUCGCAAAGGCUAUGCGCUGCAACCUUAUCUCAACGGUCGCUGGGUCAAGGAACCAAUCAGUCAUUGGCGCUUCGCACCACACUAUCCCCCAAGUAGCGGACGGUCGGAAGCAUACGUGUUCGAUGUCGCCCAUCCUGGAGCACCUUAUGGCACUCAGUACAGUCGACCCGCCUGGUAUUCCAGUGAUGACAAGCUCUGCUAUCCAAGUCCGUCAGAUGCUGUGCCUAGAUCUGCCACUGUGUAUGGGCAGUCUAAUACUCCAUCAUCGCGUCCACUGUACGAACCAACCUCGGCAACAUCACCUUAUGAAAAUCAUUCAGGUUGGGACCAUCGUCGCCACAGCUUACCAUUGAAUGACGCACAGAGUGGAACCUAUGAUCGCUUUGCAGGUCCCGUAGCAUCCACGAAAUAUUCCCCUUUGCAAUCUUCUGACGCAACCCAUGAAACCUGGAGCAGCCAGUACACUUCUCAUGGCCGACCCGUUGAAUCUGUUCCAGACAAUAUGGGAUAUCGCCAUCAACAGCCUGUGAUAUACGAUCAAACCCGCAAUGCCGGAUUUGAUCCAACAUACAACCGUCCUAUGCAUAGUGAGGCCGAAUCUGUCAGAUACCCUUCCGGGCGGAAUCCAGUGCCUCCUUCCUACGCUCCAAUCACGGCUCCGCCGCAACCGACUCAGCACGCUCACACCCUCCCGCCACCCACACCGUCCUCGUACCCAACCCUCCCACUUCCCCAUAGUCUGAGUACAACUUCAUCCACACCUACUCGUGGGCACCCGCUGGAACCGCGGCCCAAUGGUGAUUCCCGGAGCUCUGCAAACUAUUUCAUGUCGAGUGGGUCACAGUAUGGGUACGGAUCGACUGCUUCCUUGCCGCCCAUUAUGGGAACGGCUGUUGGAGGAACUGGAGCUCAGCCAUCCGGUAACCCAAUGAACGGGUCCCGCGACGCAUAUGACCAUUCUGAGGCACAGGCUGCUGCUAUUUUAACCGGAGUAGCUUCUGGGGGACGGAGAACCCCUUUGGACGCUGGUCAAGCGGCCAUGUAAUCCGUAAGAUAGGGUAGUUGGAUUCCCUUGAGGUUAUGAGCUGUUCUAUCUGGGUGGGAUUUGCUCAAGUUGAUCCAGUCUUGCAAUUUAUUCAUUCUAGAUUGGGUAGGCCGUUGUAACAUUUGAAACCCGGGUUUUAAUAAACGUAUAUAAGUUGUUUGAAUUCAUGCAAUGAUUCUAUUCAGUAAAUAUAAUACAAUUUAAAAAAGAAAACCAAAUGGACAAGGGAAACACAGCGCCUCUAGAGGCAAAGAAAUCCCUUGUACAUUCAAAAA